CAAUUAGUGUCAAAUGUGCAUUCUGGAAUUCUUAUUUCUGCUUAAAAAUUUGGGUGUUGGUGUUUUGUCAUGUUGUAGCAAUGGUGGUCUUCAAUGUUUAUUUAUUUUUGUGCCUUUCUAUUACACAUUUAAUUUCAGCACAGUACUACAACGAAUAUGAAUGCAACACGCCUCUUUUAAGUCGGGCUGCAAUAAGUGCUACAUCUUCCAUGAAUGAAAGAGGUCCAGAAAAUGCAGUAUUAUAUGGAGGAGCAGCUUGGAGCCCUAAAGAGAGCACGUACUUUGAAAAGCUUAUUCUGGAUUUCGGUAGUCGGUAUCAGAUUCAAUCGAUAGCGACUCAGGGACGCGGUAGGGGUUCUCACGAAUACGUUACCGAAUACAUAAUAGAAUAUUCGGACGAUGGUGAAGGUUGGAAAAGUCUCCAUGAUCCUGAGGGAGAGACUGAGAUGUUCCGCGGUAACGUGGACGGUGAUAUGGUGCACAAAAAUGAAUUCGAAGUUCCAAUUAUAGCUCAGUGGAUCAGAAUCAAUCCGACUCGCUGGCGAGACCGCAUAUCUCUGAGGGUUGAGUUAUUCGGCUGUGACUAUGAGGCCGACGAUAUGCACUUCAACGGCACGUCUCUACUGAAAUACGAUUUGUUCAGAGAACCUAUUUCAGCAUCUAAAGAAAGUAUAAAAUUCAGGUUCAAAACUACUUCUCCGAAUGGAGUUUUGUUGUACAGUAGAGGAACUCAAGGCGAUUACAUUGCCCUUCAACUUCGUGAUAACAGAAUGCUUCUAAAUAUCGACUUAGGUGCUGGAAUAGUUACAAGUCUUUGUGUUGGCAGUCUUCUUGAUGAUAAUAUUUGGCAUGAUGUUGUCAUAUCCAGGAAUAGAAGAGACAUUUUGUUCUCCGUCGAUAGAGUUGUGGUCCAUAAUAAAAUCAAGGGGGAAUUCCAGAGACUCAACUUGAACAGAGGAUUUUAUAUUGGAGGAGUACCAAACAUACAGGAAGGCUUGGUAGUUGUUCAAAACUACACUGGGUGUAUUGAAAACCUUUACUUGAAUUCAACGAAUCUAUUCCAUGAAAUUAGGGAAGCUUUUAAUUAUGGAGAAACUUUCAAAUAUGAAAAAGUUAAUACGCUUUGGAACUGCCCAGAACCACAAAUUGUGCCAGUUACAUUUAGAACAGCCCAUUCGUUUGCAAAGUUGAAAGGUUAUGAAGGAGCGUCAUCGUUGAAUGCCUCGUUUGCAUUUAGAACUUAUGAAAAUGAUGGACUCAUGUUAUAUCAUGCUUUUGCGACCAGCGGUUAUGUUGCUGUGUAUUUGGAAACUGGCAAGCUGAAAGUCGAACUGGUCGCCCCAAACAUCCCCAAAGUCGUGUUCGACAACUACGACGACCAAUUCAACGACGGCAGAUGGCACACGGUGGUACUCACGAUCUCCGCCAACAAGAUAAUCUUCAACGUCGACUACCGCCCGAUGGUGACGUCCCGCCUCCUGAAAAUCGUCACGGGCGGCCAGUACUUCAUAGCGGGCGGCGUGACGGCCGCCCUGGGCUAUUCGAACACCAUCUUCCCGGGCUUCGUGGGCUGCAUGAGGACGAUCGGUAUUGACGGCAAUCACAAGCUGCCCACCGAUUGGACCAGGGAGGAGUAUUGCUGCGGCGAAGAGGUCGUGUUCGAUGCUUGCCAUAUGACGGACAGGUGUAAUCCGAAUCCUUGUCAGCACGGUGGAGUGUGCAAGCAGAAUUCGAUGGAGUUUUUCUGCGUGUGUAAGGGCACCGGCUACGGGGGAGCAGUUUGCCAUUCAGCUGAGAACACCCUGUCCUGCGUGGCGUACAAGAACGUACAAGCCGUCGGCCAAAGGGCGGAGAUCAAAAUCGAUGUGGAUGGCAGCGGGCCGCUCGCUCCAUUUCCAGUGACUUGCGAAUUUCAUUCCGACGGUACAGUAGCCACCAUUCUGCAUCACAGCAAUGAAGAGACCACACCAGUCGAUGGAUUCCAGGAACCCGGCAGCUUCAUCCAAGACAUCCACUACGAGGCCGACGACGACCAAAUCGCUGCCCUGAUCAACCGAUCGUCCACCUGCCGCCAGCACAUCCAGUACGCCUGCAAGGGCGCCCGCCUAAUGAACUCCCCCUCGGACGAGACCACCCACCGACCCUACUCCUGGUGGGUGUCGCGGCACAACCAGAAGAUGGACUACUGGGGCGGCGGGUUGCCGGGCUCGAGGAAGUGCGAUUGUGGGGUGUUGAGCACUUGCACGGACCGCACGAAGUGGUGCAACUGCGAUGCUCAGUCCGACGUGUGGCAGGUCGACGCGGGCGAUAUAAUCGAGAAGAACGAUUUGCCGGUGAAGCAACUGCGCUUCGGGGACACGGGCAGCGCCCUGGACGAGAAAGAGGGCCGCUACACCCUCGGGCCGCUCGUCUGCGAGGGCGACGAUCUGUUCAACAACGUGGUGACCUUCCGCAUCCCCGACUCCACCAUCAACCUGCCCACCUUCGAUAUGGGCCACAGCGGCGACAUCUACUUCGAGUUCCGCACCGCCUCGUCCAACGCCGUGCUGUUUCACUCGACCGGGCCCACGGACUACAUAAAGUUGAGUCUGGUGGGCGGCAAUCAGCUGCAGUUCCAGUACCAGGCCGGGUCAGGGCCGAUGGCCGUGAUCAGGGAGACUUCGUACAGGCUGAACGACGAUGAGUGGCAUUCGGUGUCGGUGGAGCGCAACAGGAAGGAGGCCAUGAUCGUGGUGGACGGAGCGCUCAAGGCCGAGGUCAGAGAACCUCCAGGACCUGUCAGGGCGCUCCACCUCACCUCCGACCUGGUCAUCGGCGCCUCCACCGAAUUCAGGGACGGCUUCACGGGCUGCAUCAGGGCCCUAAUAAUCAACGGGCGGCAGGUCGAUUUAGGCCAGUACGCGCGCAUGGGCAUCUACGGCAUCGCGGAGGGCUGCAUAGGGAAGUGUCAGAGCGAUCCGUGCCUGAACAACGGCACCUGUCACGAAAGAUAUGACAGCUAUGUGUGUGAUUGUCGGUGGACCGCGUUCAAGGGGCCGAUUUGCGCCGACGAGAUCGGGGUUAAUAUGCGGCAGAGCUCGUUGAUCAGAUACGAUUUCGAGGGGUCUUUCAGGUCGACGAUAUCCGAGCACAUCCGCGUCGGCUUCACCACCACCAACCCCAAGGGCUUCCUUCUAGGCUUCGUGUCGAACAUCACCGGCGAAUAUCUCACCAUAAUGGUCUCGAACUCGGGCCACCUGCGUAUAGUCUUCGAUUUCGGCUUCGAGCGUCAAGAAGUGAUCUAUCCGGACAAGCACUUCGGUCUUGGGCAGUACCACGAUUUGAGGCUGUCGAGGAAGAAUGGGGGCGCCACUCUGGUGAUGCAGGUGGACGGUUACGAGCCCCGAGAGUUCAACUUCAACAUCAAGGCGUCGGCGGACGCGCAGUUCAACAACAUUCAGUACAUGUACAUCGGGCGCAACGAAUCGAUGACCGAGGGUUACAUCGGGUGCAUAUCGCGCGUGGAGUUCGACGACAUCUACCCGCUGAAGUUGCUGUUCCAGCAGCACGGGCCUGGGAACGUCAGGUCGUUGGGAACUCCAUUGACCGAAGAUUAUUGUGGGGUGGAACCGAUUACCCAUCCUCCGGAUAUGGUUGAGACCAGGCCACCGCCUAUUCUUGACGAAGAGAAAUUGAGAAGGGCGUAUAAUCAAGUGGAUUCGGCAAUUUUAGGAAGCAUAUUGGCGAUCAUCUUCAUCGCGCUCGUCAUCCUGCUCAUCAUCAUCGGCCGGUACCUGCAUCGACACAAGGGCGAGUACUUGACGCAAGAGGACGCCGGCGCCGAUUCGGCGCUGGAUCCCGACACGGCCGUCGUGCACGGUACCACCGGCCACCACGUCCAGAAGAAGAAGGAGUGGUUCAUCUAGGUGGGGGCGCACACAGUCCAAGAUGGAAGUAAGAUGGUGUAGGCACUUUUCGAUUAAACUACACGAAUCCGUUUUGCCCAAACAUAUCGACGGUCAUCUCACGUAGUGACGUAUCUCAGUUUUCUUAAUUUUAAAGGAGAGCAAUUCAAAGAUGUUCAACAUCUCGAUUCACUUAAAACUCAGAGGUUUGAUCAUGCAAGGUCAUUGUUUUUUAUUCAUCAGUGAAAAAGCUAGAACUACACCUUUUCCAGAUGUAUUUCAGAAAGCGUCAAUUUAAUUUCAGAAUAGUCACUUGUAUUUCAGAAAGCGUAUAUUGUAUUUCAGAAUAGUCAAUUCAAUUUCAGAAAGCGUCAAAUGUAUUUCAGAAUAGUCACUUGCAUUUCAGAAACCAUCAAUUGUAUUUCAGAAUAGUCAAUUCAAUUUCAGAAAGCGUCAAUUGUAUUUCAGAAUAAUCAAUUCAAUUUCAGAAAGCAUCAAUUGUAUUUCAGAAUAGUCAAUUGAAUUUCAGAAAGUGUCAAUUGUAUUUCAGAAAGUGUCAAUUGUAUUUCAGAAAGUAUCAUUUGAAUUUCAGAAAGCAUCAAUUGAAUUCCAGAAAGCAUCAAUUGUAUUUCAGAAUAGUCAAUAGAAUUUCAGAAAUCGUUCUCUAUAGACUGAAAGCCAGCGACCGCCAGACGUCAUUUCAACAAGGUUGAUAUUUUUUAUGUGUGUUAUUGCUUAUUCGGUGGAAUCGUUUUGGGGGUUAAAAAUCUUCAGUACUGGAUGGGCUUUCAAGAGAUAACGGGUGUUGAAAGUAUGAACAAAAAAACUGGCAAAAACAUCAUUUCAACAAAAGCUGAUCUUUUUAUGUUCAAUCGGAUCCUAUCAUGAAAGAGAAUAUACAAUUGCCAGGCACUUUCCACGGGGUGUUCUCCUGCCAGACAACUUUAUAAAUCGUGGAAAUAUCAUAGCAACAGAGCUUGAUUUUGUAAAUGUUAUUAAGAAGCCUAUUUUACAGUAUGAAACAGCCAUCAGUCACUUCCUGUUGGACAAACAUGUAAAAAUCAGAACUUUUUCAUAGCAAUAGGAAUAAUAAGUGUAUCUAUGAUAGUCCAUCAUACCUGAAAUUCUGUAAUCUGUUCAUCAAAUAAUAUAUAGGUA